AUGUCGAGCGCGCACGAUAACUCGGGGAUGUCCGACAUGGAGCGAUACCUGUUCGACCUCAACGGCUUCAUCAUCGUCCGCAACGUCUUCACCGCGGACGAGAUCGCCCGGGCCAACGCCGCCAUCGACGCGAGGAGCGAGCGCAUCGUCGAGCGCAAGGGCGACCUCCGCCUGGGCGGCAACAAGGGCGACCCGCUCGCGGGCGACGGCGUGACCGGCCGCGCGGACCUGGGCGGCAUGCUGGAGUGGCCCGCGCCCGAUCGCGACCUCUUCCGCAGCGUCCUCACCCACCCGAAGCUCGUCCCUUACUACCACGCCCUCGUCGGCGAGGCCUACCGCAUGGACCACCUACCGCUGCUCAUCCAGCAGGCGCCCGGCGCGGACGGCUUCGUGUUCCACGGGGGCAAGAUGAACGACGACGGCACGUGGUGCGACGAGCUCGCGUACCACUGGAACCAGGGCCGCAUGUACAACAGGCUCCUCGCGGUGUCCGUGGCGCUGACGCGGACCGAACCGGGCGACGGCGGCUUCUGCGUCGUCCGCGGGUCGCACAAGUCGAACCUCCCGUGCCCGCCGUCGAUCCAGCGGUACGAGGAACACCGCGAUUUGGUGGACAACCCGGGCCUGGAACCGGGCGACGUCCUCUUCUUCACCGAGGCGUCGACGCACGGAACUCUGCCGUGGUCCGCGGAACACACGAGGCGCGCGGCGCUGUACAGGUUCGCGCCCGCCACGAGCGCGUACGGUCGCGCGUACCUGACCCCGCAGCACUGGGGCGGGAUGGACAACCUCACCGACGCGGAGAGAGCGGUGCUGGAGCCGCCGUACCACCAGAGGCUGGACAGGCCGGCGCUGACGAUGGGCGGGACGGUGGCGGGGCAGAGGCGCGCGGAGUUUAAGAAGGAGCACGACGCGAAGGUGUUCGGAUCGAAGUACUUCUAA